AACAAGUAAACAUAAAUUCUGAUUCUCUACUUCAGAAAAGAUGUCAAGGCACUUUACGAUUGUUUCAUUAUUGAAACAAGCCUCUUGCCGAACUCAAUCUAGACUUUUGUACAAACCACUCGAGCCCAAUCGUUCAUUCAGUAAAGCGGCUGGUAUUUUUUGUCAAGUUCAACAAAGCAGUUGUAGACAGGCAUUAAAACCGCAAUUUAGCCGUUCCAUUAUUUAUCAACAACAACAUUGGACUUCAAAUGUAACUUCCACUACCCCCACCAGUAAAGAAGAGCGUACGAUUUACAAUAAUUGGCUCGAUCAUUUACCUGCAAAAAUUGCCCCUUAUGCAUUCUUGACACGCAUCGAUAAACCUAUAGGAACCUGGUUGCUAUUCUGGCCUUGCGCAUGGGGUAUAUCCAUGGCAUCUUAUUCAACGGGAGGAUCUAUGAUGAAUACGGCUGCAAUGAUUGGAUUGUUUGGCACUGGCGCUCUAAUUAUGAGAGGAGCAGGAUGUACCAUCAACGAUUUAUGGGAUAGGGAUAUUGAUGACAAAGUAGAACGUACCAAGAUUCGACCCAUUACCUCCGGUGUUAUUUCACCUAAACAAGCCAUUGGAUUCUUAGGGCUGCAAUUGACAGCAGGGCUUGGUAUCCUAACACAGCUGAAUACGUAUAGCAUUUUAUUGGGGGCAGCUUCUCUUUCUUUAGUUGUCACUUACCCAUUGAUGAAGCGUGUUACUUACUGGCCACAAACAGUGUUAGGACUUGCUUUCAACUGGGGUGCGCUUUUAGGCUGGUCUGCAAUGACCGGAUCGCUUGAUUUGACAGUGGCUGGCCCUCUUUACUUGGGCGGUGUAUGUUGGACGCUUGUUUAUGACACCAUUUAUGCUCAUCAAGAUAAAAAAGAUGAUAUUAAGGCAGGCGUUAAAUCUACAGCAUUGAGAUUUGGAGAAAAGACACCUCAGUGGCUAGCAGGCUUCUCAUCCGGUUUUGUGGGGUUGACAGCUUUAGCGGGAUUUAUGAAUGACCAAGGUUUGCCAUUUUAUGCCAUUAGUGUUUUGGGUACAGCCGCACAUUUGAUGUGGCAACUGAAGACGGUCAAUUAUAACGAUCCUAGUAGCUGUUGGGCAAAAUUUAAGAGUAACACAUGGACAGGCGGUAUUUUAUGGACUGGUAUUUUAGUUGAUACAGCUUAUGCAUCCAUGCAAAUCACUGGGGCAUAAAUCUUA